AUGCAAUUCAAUAAUUUCUUAAUAUUAAUAACUUUAUUAUUUACAGUCGUCUUUGCUGAUUAUGAUCUAAACGAAAGGGAAUAUGAUGAUUGGUAUAAAUAUGAACGUGCUUUAUACCCUAACAACUUUCAUCGUAAACGUGAUGAUGGAGAUAAACGUGACUGGCCGAUUUUUUCAUUUUAUAAACGUGAUGCGUUUGCUUCCCCAAAGGCUUAUUUCUACUACUAUAAACUUCAAAAGAGUGGUAACGAAUCUAAUAAACAAAACGAAGAUAAAGAGUCCAAUGGACAGGAUGUCGAAAAUGAUAAUAAUAAAAAACGUAAUUCGAAGGCUAUACCUUACUAUUUUUCAUCCCCGGGAAAUUAUUAUCUUCAUUACAAAAAGGAAGUAACUUCACCAUAUCACUAUUACAAAAGAGAAUCUCCGUCUUAUUAUGAUAUCAAGCAAGAUGAUUCACCAUGA